GUGGAUGAUGCAAAGCUUGGGCUUAGGCCAAAUUUCCUCUGUCCCCCUCUAGACAACAAGAUGCGUGGACGCAAGAACCCGAUGCCAAACAACCAGUCAGCCUCUUACCUCCCCCCGUGUAAAGUAUGUGGAGCCCCGGGCACAGGAUUCCACUAUGGGGUCACUACGUGUGGGGCCUGCAAGGGUUUUUUCAGGCGUAGUCUGUUGCGUAAAGAGCCCUAUGUGUGUGUGGAGUCUGGAAAUUGUCCUAUUGGCCCUGACUCUGACCGGAGGAAAUGCUGUCCAAAAUGCCGUCAUGACAAAUGUUUAUCCGUGGGCAUGAGCAAAGAUGCUAUCAAAACAGGACGUUAUUCAUACGAGAAGAAAUCAAAGGACGUUUUGGAAGUCAUGGAACUGCGAGAAAAACUGGCGCGCUCUCCGCUAUCGACUACUCAGAUACCAGGCAUCCACUCAGAAUGUGUGUCCGGGGAACUGAGAGAAGUUAACGGUUAUGCAAAUGGCAGAAAGUCAGAGGGGUUGUUGGGUUCUUCUCAUCAGAGUCAAGCUACGGGCCUAACUACGAUGGCAGGGAUGGAAGAUGAUGCUUUUGUUAGUCAGCAAGAGAGAACAUUCCAGAACAGACAGAGCCUAACAGUGUCAUCAGAUUUGAACGCUCAGGAUGUUGGUAAUAGUUUUGCAAUGACAGGGAAAAGGUCAGUGCCACAGUCACGAGUAGUAGAACUUGAUGAUCUUCCUCCACCUUGUAUGUCUUACACCUUUGUAAACAAAGACUUGAAGCGUGCACUGAAAAGAAAGCUGAAUGGAAAGAAAACUGAAAACGACAAUAUUCAGAAGGCAGAGACAUCAGAUUCCUCUCAAAGUUCAAUGACGACGUCAGUGGAGGGGACAGAGUCGUGUUCACCUGGGGCACCACCGACGCCAGACCUAGGAAGUACAUGGCCUGUUGAUGCCCCUGCUGAAGGGGAGCCUUUGCCUGACCUUUUUGAGACAAUAGCAACGCAGCUUUGUCCUUCUCAUCCAGCUCCCAUUUCCCUUGGGCCUGGAAUAGAAGCAGAGUCAUUUUCGUCAUCGUCUGGACAGUGUUGUUCAAAUAAAUCUACUAGAACCCCAUUCACAAUUUCUUCUUCUCUUCCUCUUCAUCCUCCUGCUCCUCCUCCUCCACAGCUUACCUCUGACUUCUCUGCUUCUUUCACACAUCCUGCCCCAUGUUACAACAAUCUACCGCUGACACCAGCUCAUCUUCUGGACCUGGAUCUGUCUCUGCCCCCUGUCCCCGAGACGGAAGAGAUGCCAAGUUUUGAGGGAAUCAAAAACCAGGCCUGCUGCUUAAGUUCGGACUUGUUCAUUCCAGAUGGCUACGAAUUUCCACCUCUAUCUGCUGGAAUCCAUCAAUCAGAAUACCGGUCAGUUAUGUCCCCUACAUUUUGCACUUUGGCUGACGAGGUGGAGGAGAAUAUCUGUGACCUUGAUUGUGACUUUCCGGAACCGACUGGCGGGAAUACCGAUGCCAGUGCUCAAACAGAAAAUGUACAAAAUGUGGACAGCGAAUCCUCAAAAACUGAGCUGCCUAUUGGGAGUUUGGAGUGGAGACGCGCGGAGGCUAUCCGCCAGAUUGACAACAGUUAUGAUGAGGUGAUUAGUCUUGCAGAAGAUCUGUCAAAAUGCCAGUUUUAUUCCUAUGAGAUGACACUCCUGGGCCCAAUUUUUAACAAGCUUUGCAUCUCUGGCCCUCAGAAAAAGGCAGUUAGUGGUAGUAGCACCGACCAGCAGAGUGAUGUUGCAAAACAAGCAUCCAUGCAACAUGAUUCACAAUCUCAUACAAUCAGUCAGAACAUACCCAUGCAAUCUAAUUCUCCGUGCCACACAAACGGUCACCAAGCACACAUGCAAUCUAAUUCUCAGUACCAUACAAUGAGUCAGCAAACACCCCCUUUACCAGAUUCUCAAUAUCAAUCCAACCAAACAUUUGCCCCCAGUGGUAUUUCAUAUCCCACCCCUUUACCGUCUGCAACGCCAUUGUCCACCACACACAGCACUGGGUUCUCGCCCCAUCCCAACCAUCAUCGACUUUCUGGGUCACCCUCCUCAUCCCGGUCACCUCCGCAAUCGAAGCCAGCGAGAUCAGAGCAGAGAUUUUGCGAGGCUGAUUACAACAAACCGUUGCCAUGGUGUGAGUUUUCCGAAGGUCAUCUUGAUGAUGUGGCCUCUAUGCUUAUGGAGGCCCAUGAGAAGCACAUUGGCAAGGACAUGAACUCUGUGAGCCGGGAGGAGAUAGCAGAAAAGUCAGAGAUCUAUUUGAAACUUUGUCGUCUCAAGGAGCGUGUCUUUGGCAGGAAAACUUUACUACAGAACAGAGAAGAGUACUACGAGAUCCUGGAGAAUACAGGUGUGGACAUUGACGGUCGCAAGGAGUGGGCGGAGGUCACUGUGAAGGUCACCAACGAUGUCCUUUUUAAGGUCGUCCGCUUUGUCAAGUCUGUGCCAGGGUUUCGGGACCUGUGCAAAGAUGAUAAAAUUGUUCUUUGUCGAUCAUCCAUGGUUGACUGCUUUUUCCUGGGGAGUUUCCGUGGUAUUGACCUUCGGAAUCACAUCAUAAUCAACGAGAUGAACUUGGCUUCCAAUGUUGACGAAUGCUUAGGCAUCAUUCCAGAAUAUGACGCCAACGUAGCUUUCUACUCGGCCUUAACCAAACGCCUUCAAGCUAUGGACCUCACUCUUGAGGAAGUUAUCUUAUUGAAGGCUAUUUGCAUAACAUCACCUGAUCGAGAUGGACUGAAGGAACGACGGAAGGUGGAAGCUCUGUAUUGGCGGUUUCUCUGCUGUCUGUUGCUGUCUCUUCAUCGUCGUCACCCAAAGCCGUACAGUGUCUACUCCCAGGUGAUCACUUUGCUGGCUGACCUCAAGACUUGUGUGAUUGUCCAUCAUCAACUCCUGGAGGUGUUCAAAGUUGAUAUUGUCAAACUGACCAGCGAGAUUGAUGCUCCGCUGUACAAGGAAAUGAUGCUGAUUAACCAUCCGGCUACUGCUAAAUAGAAAUAUUACAACUUGAAGUUUGUUAAAUGAAUGUUUACUUUUCUUUUUCACUUACAGUAUGGUAGUAUUGACUUUAGAAAAGGACUACUUUAUAGAGAGAGGUGGAGGCAGAUGCUAAGAAAUAGGCAAAACUUGGACGCAAAUGCCAAAAAAUGGGCAGUACAAAUGUCUUUGGAGAGGGGCUUUACUUUUUAGAGAGGUAGGAAGAACAAGAGAGUGAUGAUACUAUUUGUUAUAGUGUGGGUUAAAGGCUCCAAUAGACACAGUAAGGCUCCCAUUUUACAUCAAGCCGAAUGAUUGGGAAAACAUUGCAAUUCAAAUAACCAGAGUGUAUACAAAAUCUCAUUCUGGGAUUUUACCAAGAGUCUUCACACGCAAGUCCAGCACUAUGCAGUAGUCUCCGCGUAAGAUCCUAGUGCUCGUGAGCAAGGAAAAUGUGGGAUCUUAGGUCAACAGGAUCUUAGUCGACGAACCGAGAAGAGAAUCUACAAUGAUCCAUGUUAAGGCUCACAACAGGCAAAAUGGUCUCCUUCCUCUCUGGAAUGAACUGACGUGGCCCCUAGGUGGGUUUAUGACAUAUAUUGGCGAACAAAGAGGGGUCAGCCUUGAUGGCCAAACACUGGCAUGAGCAUGCCUUUUACACUUAUUAUCCUAUCGUGAGUCUCAAGAUCUACGCUUAUCCACUUGCUCCUCCCCUUUACCUGUACGAAAAUUUACAGCUUUCCAACUCUGACCGAGUUCCUCCGCCGUUGUCGUUUCAUUGUGUGAUGUCAAGGGACAUGACUCUUAUCUUUACUGUGGGAACUAGAUAAUUAGGGGAGUGGCACGCCCUUGGAUGACGUCAAGAGCCGGGCGCAAAAAAUAGAGAGAUCGUCUGAGAGGCUCACGGAGGUAGUCAGUCGAACUCAGGACCACGAUGAGGCAACACCUAUCUUGGACGGGGGCCCCCUGACAGACCCGACGCAUCGGACCGCCAGGUAACUUUACAUCAUUGUAACCACACC